CCUGCUGCCGCGCCGCAUUGUGGGACAUGAACAGCGCUCACGUUGCGUUCAGCAAGCAUGGCAGCCAGCAGUAAAAGGAAACUGGAAGAACUGAGCGUGGACGAGUUUCUUGUUUCCGGUUUUGACUCUGAGGAGGACUGUGAGAACGAAGAGGAGGAAGAAACAACAACAGUCAGCAAAAAUGGCGAUAUGAAAAGAAAGGCAAAACCCACAGCUAAAACACAAGCAAAACAUUUGAAAAAGGUAGGCAAGGCCUCAGAACACAAAGACCAGCUCUCCAGACUCAAACAGAAGGACCCUGAAUUUUACAAGUUUCUGGAGCACAACGAUCGAUCGUUGCUCAACUUCGAUGACUCAGACAGCUCAGACGAUGAAGACGGUAAAAUCCACAAACUACCGAAGCACUUGGAGGAGGCAAGCGAUGAUGACGACGACGACGAUGAAGUGGAAGAAGCAGCACCAAAAUCUAAACAAUCAAAAGAUGUUAUCAAGGUGACGGAGAAGAUGGUGGAGCAGUGGAAAGAGGCUGUCCAGAAGGAGCUUUCUGCAAAGUUGUUCCGGGAGAUCACUCAGGCCUUUAAAGCAGCAGUGGCUACCACUAAAGGAGAUGGAGUAGACCUUGGCCGAUACAAAGUGGAGGACAGUUCAGUGUUUAAUGCCCUGGUGUCGUUCUGUUUGAGAGACCUUUUUGCAGCUCUUCAGAAGAUGCUUCAGCUAAGGCCAAAUAAAGACAAGAAAAAGCUUGUGCUCCCAUCUUCUAGUCCUCGGUGGCAAAAGGCUCAAAUCGACAUUAAAAUGUAUCUCGCUGGUCUUGUGCAGCUUUUAUCAUGUUUGACAGAAGCUUCUGUUGUAAGUGCUGUGCUGAGACAUGCCAUCCAAAUGGUACCGUACUACCUGUGCCUCCCUAAGCAGUGCAGACACUUCCUAAAGCAAUUGAUCACCCAGUGGAGUACAGGCCAAGAGACAGUCCGAGUUCUGGCUUUUCUAGCUCUUAAUAAAAUCUGCAGACACAAGCAAGAUGUGUAUCUUAAUCCAGUGCUCAAGCAAAUGUACAUCGCCUACGUGAAGAACUGCAAGUUUACCUCUCCGAGCGUCCUCCCAAUGAUCAACUUCAUGCAAAGGACCCUGACAGAAAUGUAUGCCCUCGACACACAGGUUUCCUACCAGCACGGCUUCAUAUACAUCAGACAGCUGGCCAUUCAUCUUCGUAAUGCAAUGACAAUGAAGAAAAAGGAAACGUAUCAGCCUGUUUAUAACUGGCAGUACAUCCACUGCCUGUACCUUUGGUGUCGUGUGUUGAGCACGCUGUAUCCCAGCGAUGUCCUGGAUCCACUCGUUUACCCAUUAACUCAAGUGAUCGUAGGCUGUGUCAAGCUGGUCCCCACAGCUAGGUAUUAUCCUCUCCGGAUGCACUGUGUUCGGGCUCUGACCCUGUUGUCUGACAGCACCAAGACUUUCAUCCCUGUUGUUCCCUUUCUUCUGGAGGUUUUGCAGCAAGUUGAUUUUAACAAGAAGCCUGGUCGCAUGAGCGUGAGACCUAUUAACUUUGCUGUGGUCUUAAAGCUGUCUAAUGCAAAUCUGCAGGAGAAGGCAUUCAGGGACGGUCUUAUCGAGCAGCUCUAUGAUCUCAUACUGGAGUAUUUCCACACGCAGGCCUGCAGCAUAGGGUUUCCAGAGCUCGCCCUUCCUGCUGUGAUUCAGCUGAAAGCUUUUCUGAAGGAAUGCAAAGUGGCCAAUUACUGCAAGCAGAUCCGGCAGCUGCUGGACAAAAUACAGGAAAACUCUGCCCACAUCAUGAGCAGGCGACAGAAAGCCACGUUCAGUGUGGCUGACCGGGUGGCUGUGGGAGCGUGGGAGAAAUUUACGACAGAGGAAGGUACCCCCUUGACCAAGUACUACAGCCACUGGAAGAAGCUUAGAGAGAAGGAGAUUCAGCUGGAGAUUUCUGGCAAAGAACGGAUGGAAGAUCUGGAAUUACCGGAGAUCAAACGCAAGAAGAUGCAGGAAAGCAAAGAAGGAGACAAAAAAGAAUUUAAGGAGCUCUUUGAAUCAGACAGUGACUCUGAGGAUGAAAGCGGGGGAGUCAAACACAAAGGCAAGGAGAAGGCAGGAAAGGAGGAGGGAGUGUCCGAGGAUGAAGAUUUCCUGAAGGAUCUGUCGGAUAUGAGCGAUGAGGAUGAGGAGGGAGAGAGUGAUGAGGACGACUCCAUCGUGGAAGAUUCAGAUGAUGCUGGUAAAAGAAAGAAGUCCAAAAAAUCAAAGAACAAAGCUCCAAAGAAACUGAGCCAGCUGGACCUGAAAGAGCUCACAGAAGGAGAUGAAGAUCUCGUGGAGGACCUGGAGUUUUCAGAUGAGGAUUAACAAGGCUUUACUUUACCAAGAAAAAAAAAAAGAACUUUACACACCGUGUAAAAGCGGGUGCUAACUACAUUCGUUAUUUCUAGCUUUUUCAGACAAGAGCUGAAAUUAACCAGCCUAACAUGGUAAUGCAUUUUGGUUGUCUUCAACGAAAUGUGUGUAAACUAUGAAUUUAUUCUUUACUAUCUUGUUCAAAAGACUUUUAGUUUUCAUUUUAAUUUCAAUCUGUGAAGAUUGUGUACUUCACAGAAGGGACUUGACUUUUCAACAGUAAAAUGUACGGCUGUGAAACUGCA